CAAGACUAGAUGUGAUGUCUUUAAGACUAACUUGCUGAACGAGUCAAUCUCGGAGGCGUUCCGUACGAAGGCCUACCUUUUGAGGCAACGUAAUCGACUUCUCGCGGAAACCGAAGAGUUUCUCGAAGCUCAAAGUGUCAACAACAUCAAACAAACCUGCAGCCAGGUGUUCGACAUCACCAUACAAGAGAAUCGUCCAAGACUGCUCAGGAAGUUUCAGAAACUGAUCGGACUGAAAACUUCGAACCAGAACGAAGAGAGAAGCAGUCCACCUCUGGCUCAAGAUCGGGUUAAAAACUUUUCGUCACUAGACUUGCAAGCACAAGAUCUGGCGCUUCUCUCCAAGGGACCUAACUUCGCUAUCACACAAAAGAUAUCCAGCAAUAUUCUAUUGGAGGUGGAAAAGGGAGUCGAACGUUUAGCGUACGCCAAACGCUGGCAAGAUGAGAUUCGACGGACGAAUUCAAGAAUGCGAAACGACACAACGACGCACCGACCAGCCUCGAACGGACCUCCAACGACCGGUCAGCCUGCCGAACGGCCUCCUAUGACCGAUCAGUCAGCUGACCAGCCUCCAGCGCCCAGCCUAUCUGCAGACCGACCUCGAGUGACUAGCCAGUCUGUCAACCGACCUCCAGCGACCGGUCAGUCUGUCGAUCGACCUCCAGCGACCAACCAGUCCGUCGACCGACCUCCAGCGACCAGCCAGUUCGUCGACCGACCUCCAGCGACCGGUCAGUCUGUCGACCGACCUCCAGCGACCAGCCAGUCCGUCGACCGACCUCCAGCGACCAGCCAGUUCGUCGACCGACCUCCAGCGACCGGUCAGUCUGUCGACCGACCUCCAGCGACCGGUCAGUCUGCUGACCAGCCUCCAGGAAUGACGACAAAUGGUAUGCCAAGGUUAAAGUCAGGUCUGUCUUUCAGAUUCCCUGACACGGACAAAAGAUUCCCCCCGCCCGCAGCUAUGGAAGUUGAAUGUAAGCUAAAAAAGCUAAAACAAGACGUAGUUAGGUGUUACAAAAAGCACCAUGUGUCUGAGAGCAACGUAACUGAGAGUGAAAUGCAGUUCUUGGACGAGAUACAGAAAAACGACAACGUAGUUGUAAAGCAGAGUGACAAGUGCAAAGGUCUUAUUAUCAUGGAUAGGACGGAGUAUGUCAACAAAUCUCAUGCUAUUUUAGACGAUCGGAACAACUAUGAAGCUAUAGACAAGAACCCAGUACCUAAAGUCGAGGCAGAAUGUAAAAGGAUAUUCAAGGAUGUUUCUAGAGAUAAGUUACCAGAGGGCACGAUUAAGGAGUUGAUCCCGAACCACAGCAGGACACCGGUUUUCUAUGGUGUUCCGAAGGACCAUAAGGAGGGGGUCCCACUCAGACCUGUUAUUUCAGCUUGCGGUGGUCCUACUGAAAAGAUGUCAUGUCUUUUAGAGCGCGUCCUGAAACAGCUACUACAAUUUGUUCCAACACACUUGUGGGACACAGAACACUUUUUGAAAAGACUAGAUGAACACACUCAAGAACAGGGGAUCCCAAAAGGUUCCAUUUUCUUUAGCAUAGAUGUGGUGAACCUGUACGGCAGCAUUCCUAUUUCGGAGGCCAUUGAUGCAGUCUGUGAUAAGCUGGCCACCCAUCUAAAAGAUGUAGACACUUUUGGGCUGUCGGUAGAGGACAUUAGGAAACUGCUGCAAGAAAGCCUCACAAAGAACGUCUUUUCAUUCAACAAUGAGUACUACCGUCAGACACUGGGGAUCGCGAUGGGAAACCCUUGUGCUCCUCCCAUAGCCAUUCUCUUCUUGGACCAGUUUGAAAGGCGUGCCCUAGAAGGAGCCACUCACAGCCCGUCGUUCCUGGUACGCUACAUUGAUGAUUAUGCUGGAGUGUGGACUCACGGUGAGCAGACGCUCAAAGACUUCCUCGCUUACCUCAACUCCCUACAUCCAUCGGUAAAGUUCACUUUAGACUACUCUGACAAAGAAAAAGGAGUGCCAUUUCUAGACACAUUGGUGACGGUCGAGGAAAAGGACGAUGUCACAAAAAUUGAGACAGAGCUCUACAUCAAGCCCAUGAACUCGGGCAUUAUCCUUCAUUUCGAUUCUGCACAUCCAAAGUCGACCAAACUCAACGUGGCUAGAAAUCAAUUUAAACGGGCUAUCAGGAAUUCAUCAAGCAGCAUGAAGGAGAGGAAAAGUGUAGAAAAGAUAAGGCAGUUACUCUUAAAGAAUGGCUACCCAAACCACGUCCUGAUCAGGUUGCUCAGAGAGGCUAGGGGGAAUAAGACUCACUCAAGAACUAGAAGGAACAGGACCCAAGAACCUUGUGAUGGAUUCCUCACACUUCCUUACGUAGAUGAAAGACUGUUGUGCGAAGUUAAGAGCAAAGUGAGACAAUCAGGCCUCAAUGUAAAGUUAGCAUGGACAAAUUCACAAAAACUAAAAGAUAAACUAGUGAGGUCAGCACUAUGUAAGCCCUUAUGCCCAGGAGGUCAAAGAUGUCACACAUGCAGAUCGGGGUUCUCUGGGGACUGCACGCAGAAAAACUUAGUCUAUGAGAUUACAUGUACUGUCUGUCAAAGCAAUGGGAUGACCGUAACAUACGUGGGAGAGACGAAGCGCCCGGUGCGCUUACGAUUCAAUGAACACCUGAGGGACGCGCUCAACAAAACACAUGACACCCCCAUGGGAGAUCAUUUUCAAGAGUGCCACUCCACCCACGAAGGAGGCAUUCCCCUCAAAGUACGCGUUUUGUAUAAGUCGAAAGACCACCCAGAUAGGAAAAUCGCGGAAUCCCUCCUGAUCCAAAAGAAGCGCCCAAAACUCAACUCCAACAUGUCUUCAUGGCCCAUACUAUAGAAUGAUAGUUGUUUGUUUUCAUUAUCCACUGGCUGUCAUUGAAAUUUGUUAUGUGUGGAUAAUUGUUAGGUACUGCGCUUGAUUCGAAGAUGUAUACAUAUGUAUGAUUGUGUAAACCCUACCUUUUACGACACGAUCUAUUACGAGACUUUCGAAGUGUUUGUAUUGUUAUUGUUGUUGUCUUCUUUUUUUUAAUGCGACACGAUCAGCUAUUUAGCACGACUACGACCAAGACGAACCAUAUUCAUGUAUGGGAAUUGAGAGUGCUCGCAUAUUACGAGUAGUUGUAUGCAUUUGUAUGAUUGUUUAAACCGAACCGAACUUUACACGACAUAAUCUGCUACGAGACUUCCAAAGUGUUUAUAUUGUCAUUGCUGUCACCUUUUUUAAUGCUACGCGAUCUAUUCAUCACGACCACGACCAAAACGAACCAUGUAUAUAUUUAUGUGAUUAUGCUCGCAUAUUACUUUUGAUGGUCAUGUAUGUAUGUAUAUGUGAAUAGGUGGAUUCGGAACAGCUUGGGAUAUGAUCGAUUAAGUUCAGAUUUCUGAUUUUAAGAAGACCACCUUGUACAUCACGUGUGAGAAUUCAAAAAAUGUAGCUUGGCGGCAGUUAUAAAACUUCGUUGUCAAUUGUUUCAUGUGGCUUGAGAAUGAACUGUUGUUCGAAAAUUUGCCAAACAAUAUAAUAUUUACUUUUUAUUGAAUUUCCAAUUAAUUAUCGAGGAAAAGGUCAUUUAAAAUCCUAACUACAUAUAUCAAGAUGUUCCUCGCUAGAGCGCUGCAUACCAUUUCUUCAGAUAUUGAUCAAGCUUAUAUCAAUUUUUCAAUUAUCUUCCUCAUUGGAGGUAAAUGCCAGCGAAAACGCACAUUAUCAAGCGAUUCGAACGAUAUCAAGAUAUCAAGACAAAGUCAAUGAAGUAAUGAAAGAAUGACUGGGGGCAUAUAUGGCGCAUCCUAAGCACAGUUUAUCUGCACUGUAGCCAAAGUGUACUUUUACCAUAUUGAGCACAAUCUGUAACCCAUCAUCAUAGCGACUCAUCUGCGAGCAAUCUUCUUGGGGCAGCUUAAAUGAUAUUUUAAAUUGCUUUGUCCAUGCCCAAGGGCGAAGGAGACAAGCUUGCAAGAUUCUUCCAGAUAUCUGCUGGGCUAUAUAGCCUUGCUAAAUAGAAAUACCAUGCCAGCUGCUUUUUCAUUGCCGCUACAUCAGAUACUUUGUUGAAGAUAACUUAACGUUACAAUAGAAGUAACAAGGCAGUGAUGUUAUGAUUUAUCCUCAGUCAAAUCGGACAGGCAUAAUUUUUUGCGUGGUUUCAAAUGGUUGCAGUCGAAGACAUUAGUUCAUUGCUCUGGUACACUGGUUUUCUUACCAUGAAAUGUCUACAAAUGCCCAGCAAGUCUUACAGUCCAAAGAAGAUGCAUCUAAAUCUAGCCCAAAAGGAGAAUCACUGGAAGACACAAAGGACGAAAGUGACACGCAACUGGAUCUGCUGACAGUGUUUGAAAGCAUUGUCAAAGCAGUAAAACAAUGGAAACCCUUUCCCUUGAGAGCUCAUUAUGUAGAAGACAUCAAUGAGACAAACAAACGAGUGCUUCUAGCUGUAAUCUCAUUCCUUCUGUGCACUAGUUUUUCGUUGGUAUGGAUCAGCGCUUUCAUAAUAGAUGCACGAAGAAGUCACGAAUAUGCACCGACAGAUUCCUUUUCGCCACACGUCCUAAGCUUGUCUGCUAUUGUUCUCGUGAUAAGCUUGAUUAACUUUGCCUUUAACUUGUGUGGUUUUGUUGGCGUUUUCCGUGAAAACAUUAUUCUGAUACGCAUCUUUUACAUCGCCCUCAUUGUGAUACUCUCUUUGAAGAUGUGCACUGCACUUUUCAUAUUUUCGUUCACUGGAGCUGCUAAACAAAUUGUCGGCAGUCUUUUAGGAGACCGGCUGGUUGUCAACUAUCGAUCAAGCUCAGAUAUUGAGGACACAAUGGAUUAUUUGCAAAUCAACUUUCGCUGCUGCGGUCUCCGUGAAGAGGGAUUUCAAGAUUGGAAUAUUAGUAUUUAUUUCAAAUGUUCCGCUGACAAUCCAAGCGCGGAGCGAUGUGCCGUGCCCUGGUCCUGCUGCAGGAAUCAAACCACUUCCAGAAACGCCCUUUGCGGAGCAAACGUACAAAAGGUCGACCGCAAUAUUGCCAGUCAAACCAUUUACACCAAGGGAUGCAUCAUCGCCAUUUUGGAGUGGGCCAGUGACCACGGAUUCCUGGUGGCCUUCCUGCUUCUGCUGGAGACGCUGCUGCUGACGGUGAUGAUAUUCCAGAGCACGCACCUGGUGAACGAGCUGCAGAUGAUGAACGGUGUGUACCGCGGCCCCUGGUGGACCUGGGUCGGCAAGCAGCGGCCCGGCCGACCGCCGCGACUCUAUCAGGGAGUCGGCGGGCACCAUCAGCAGCGUCCCGCGCAGACGCUGCCCUUCCACCUGGAGCUGGUCUGGCACGAACCGUCCACCUCUGACGGUCAGUGGCGCCCUCAAAUUGGUCAGCUGCAGGCAGGGCCGAACUCCGCGCAACAGACCUUCGAGGGGGUCCCGCAGACGGGUGAGCCGAACUACAGCGGCCAUCAGGCCUCCGGAGAGGUUCACUAUGACGUUGAGCCGAUCGACCCGAGAGCCACUGCGCGGUACGAGCAGCGCCGGUCGACCAUCGGCCAGCGCUUCUUCCGCGCGGUCAUCAGCCGCGCCUCGAGGCUGGUGCACCGGCGGCGAGCCGUCACCGCCCAGGGAGGCGCCGGCGAGGAGGAGCGCGAACAGAGCGCUGCCGCUCCCCGGCAGCAGGGCCGCGGCGACUGGGUGGUCCAUCACCGCGCUAGGGAGGUGGGCUCGGUGGGACCGGCCACCGCCGCCGCCCGCGCCCUUCAGCCCCUUGGUGAGGAGCGUGAGACAGAGCCAUCCGCGGUGACUAGGCUGCAAAAGUCUCCGCUACCUCCGAUAGGUGGACGCGUCAAUGAGCAGUCAGCCAAGCCUGAGGUAGAGGUAGAGGUCGAGCCUGUUGAACAGUUAGUGGAGGUUCAGGAUAGUCUGAGCACAGCAAGUAUCGAUAAGGAGGAGCUGUUUGAGAAGAGAAAGACGUCACAAAUUAUCCAGCCAUCCCCGGUUACCGUCAAGAAGCAGCUGAAGGACCCAAAGAACUUCGAAAAAAGAAAAUCGCUGCUUCCCGGUCUUAUUGUUUCUCAAAAUCAGAUCAAACUUCCAACCGUACAUUCGACCACAUCGCAAAAGCCCUCCACUGAGGUUGAAGUUGAAAAUGCAUUGGAAGCAAAGGCUAAUGAGUCUGAGGCUACGGCCAGCAGCAAUGUCACCUCGGUGCCGGACGCAGUCACGAGGAGUGAGGGAACUGCUGGUGGACCACCCUCUACGCCUAUCUCUGAUGUUCCCAGGGACACCCCUGCGAAGUCAACUCCUCCCGACAGUACGUUCCGCGCCGCAGAAGCUCCUCCGACUCAGAAGCCUCCCACCGAGCCAUCUUCCACAAAAGCUGCCGCCACUCCAUCGCUUCCAACAGCACCCACAAUCGCGAAGGUCUCACCGUCUGUUGGUUCUCAACCCUUGGCGAUGAAAGCGCUAAAGCCACCGAGCGUGGAUGUGUCAUCAGGUCCAGUCGCCAAGUCAGCUGUGGAGACGAGUAAAAGUGAUGAUGAUGAGGUCCAGCAUCGUGAAGCGAGUGCUGCGUCCCCCCAGCACAGUGAAGCUGACGAAGAUGCUGUCAGUCAUGAGGAAACAGAUGAUGACACCGGUCGAGCAGUUUCGAUUUCUGACAAAGGAUCGCCAGCAGGACCAGAAGAUGCGUUCACUCCAGAUGGAGAGCAGGAUCAAGAUGUUUACGAGGAAAGAAGCAAAGAUACCUCCGAAAGAAAGAGCAAAAGGGGUCACCACCACCACCAUAAAAAGUUAAAGUCACACAAAAAGAAGAAACACAAGAAGAAAAAGGGAGAGGUCUCACCAGCGCCAGAUGGGGACAAAGCAAGCCCUGCUGGACCGUCCGGCCUUGCAGCUGAUCCAGUUCCUGAAUGGCUGAAACCAAGUCCUCAGAACUCGGCUGACGAUCAUGCAGCCGACACGGGCACAGGCUCGGUACAUUUCACUCCGUCAGAAUUCAAGAAGCUGGCCGUCGUGCAGAAAACAGACCCUGAAGCUGGGAAAGCUCUGGCCCAUGCCAGGGAGCGCAAAGGGACUAUCGCCACGGCCAUAUCCAAGAAGUUGCACGACAUUAUGCCGAACUUUAAUCCUGGAUCGGCUUCGCAUUCGCCACAUACUCAAAAAGUAGAGGGUGAAGAGCACAUAUCCCUGGCCAGGGCUGUGUCCAGGAAGCUGCAUGACAUCUUACCCACAUUUGACUUCCAUCACGGGGGAUCCAAACCAAAGCCUGAAGCGUCGAACCGUCCGGCUCGCAUGUUGUCCCCUGACCCGGAGGUGGAACCAACGGGAGUGUUCAGGAGGCCGAGCACCGCUCGAGGUCGGGGAACAGAAGGGGAGAGCCGCACACCUUCGCCACUGAGGUCGAUGAACGCGAAUUCUGAUGCUGAGUGGUGAACAAUGCAUGGUAGGGAUUCAACUGAUUACGUACAGUGCUGAUGUUCAUUGCUAGCGACUGUGUAUCUAUAUAGGUACGCAGUGUGUAUCGACGUGUUUAUGAUGCAUGAAUAGAUCAAUAAGAGCGAU